ACUUUCAGUUUCGGGCAUUGUGGGAAGGCAGGAUGGGCGGCGGGGCGCGCACCUGACACUGAGGGGGGAGCCGGGGCGAGCCGCCCGGAGCAGGGACCAUGAUACGCUUUAUACUGCUGUUCAGCCGACAAGGGAAAUUAAGACUGCAGAAGUGGUACAUAACGUUACCUGACAAAGAGAGGAAAAAGAUCACACGGGAAAUUGUUCAGAUUAUUCUGGCUCGCAGUCAAAGGAUGAGCAGUUUUGUCGACUGGAAAGACCUAAAGCUAGUUUACAAAAGGUAUGCUAGUUUAUAUUUUUGCUGUGCAAUAGAAGACCAGGAUAAUGAGCUGCUGACACUAGAGGUUGUUCAUCGUUAUGUAGAACUACUGGACAGGUAUUUUGGAAAUGUUUGCGAGCUGGAUAUUAUCUUUAAUUUUGAAAAGGCUUAUUUUAUUCUUGAUGAGUUUAUAAUGGGUGGAGAAAUACAAGAAACAUCAAAGAAAUCAGCAGUGAAAGCUAUAGAAGAUUCUGAUAUGUUACAAGAGACAAUGGAGGAAUAUAUGAACAAACCUGCAUUUUAACUUUAAAACCUCUUGGAGGGACAGAGAUGCUGCUUACUAUCUGUAAAAUUCACUUGUUGAAAUUGCUUUUCUAUGUGCCAGAGCCUCUGAGAAAUACCAAAAACCAAUAACUAAAGGGAUUUGUAUAGUAGUCAAAAUGAAGGUCAGCUCCAGUAGCGUAUAUUGUUCUAUAUAGGAGUUUCUUAAAACUGUUAUUACACUUAAUCUAGCCACUAUCCUCCUCCUAGACUAAAAACUAGUUUUUAUACAAUGGCUUUUAGCUAUGAACUUUUUCAGUCUAAGAAAAUAUUUGCAAAAGAUAUUUAUACUAGUUUUAGUCCAUCACUGAUUGCAUCAGUAUACUUUUGUAAUAAUAUAUUUUUUGAAUGUAAUGAUUAUUCUGGUCUAAUAAUAAUAAUUUUUCUUAAAAGCUGGGUUUUUUUUUUCCUGGAGUCUGCUUUGAACAUGUGUUAACACUUAAAAUGCAUAUGCAUCUCUUCAGCUCACCCUCUCCUGCCACUUCCUAGUAGGGGUACUACCUUCCUUCUACCACUGGCUCUUCCACCCAAUAAAAUGAGAGCUCUUCCACCCCCUAAGCACACCACCUCCACUUAGUACUAGAAGGCCACAUUCCUAGUCUAAGUCGGAUUCUGUGAUCUUCUAUGCCCUUCAUGGUUCUACGUGGCUGUUCUUCUCUGCUGCUAUGUUCUGAUGUCUUAUUUCCAUGUUUUUUCCCCACCCCAGCCUGACCUUCCGGUAUAACCUUCCCUCUUGUUAGAUCCGGGACCAAAGAAGAAAGGGACUGACUGGUAGACCCCACUGGGAGGGCAGGUCUUGAGAGGGAGAGAUUAUUCCUGGCAAGAAGGACUGUUGGUGUCUGGUGGAAUUUACUCCUCCCUCGAGUACCAACUUACUCUAACUUUUAGUGUCCAGAAAUGGCUACUCCUCUCCAACACAGUCCCCUGAAAACUAGCCAGUCCAAAGUUGGCAUACACAUAGAAAUUAGCCUGUUUCUUAAAAGUUGCAAGUGGCCUAAUAUUGAUAAGAAUGGACACUAUAAUAAACCCCAUUGUAAUUUUGCAGACUACACAAAGAUGGAAGAGACCAAGAAUAACAAGACAGAGAUGAGAAUAAUCAAAUAUUUGGACUAACUUUAUAAUAAUGUUUUGAUAAAGUGUUUCAGAAGAGAGGAAAAAUAGCAUGUUACCUUGUCUAGUUUCCUUCCAAUGAUGUAUUUUUUCCCUUUGGGUUGACCUUGAAUGCUUUGACCUGUUUGUAGUUUGACUGAACUCACAUCACUUGAGUGAUUAUUUCAUUCUAAUAGGCUUCUAAGUUAAAAGACCUUUUCCUAGUUAUUAAGUUUUCUUUUCUCUAUUUCAUCAUCACAUUAUUCUUCUCUAGACCCUUUCCAAAUCAUGAAAUUGUCUUCUAUAUAAUUUAGGGAAUUCUUUACUUUUGGGUGACAAAUACACAGAGAUUACAGGUUUGAUUUCCCCAGUAAUGUAUGGGUUUUUUUUCUCCUUCACUUCCAAUCUUUUUGGCACUAUGGUAAAAGCCAUAUUUCAGUUCCUUUUUCAUCAUUAAACUUCUUGAAUUAUUAUUCUAAAUAUUUCACUGCUACUCCCUUCAGAGUCUAUUUGUAUCUUACUGGUUUUCUAAAUACUUUGACAUACAGCACCAACUUUGUUAAUUACCAGCCCACUUCUUUUCUGUCUGUUAUCUAAUUUGUUAGUCAAACUUGUGAGUAGUCAGUUGGUAGUAUCAUACUGCUCACUUGUUCAUUACUCUAGCCAUCUGUUUUCUCCAUAUUGAUGUCAAAGUGAUACUUCCAAUACCAUGGAAAAAGUGAAAACACUGAAGGCUUUAAAUAGCUUCAGAACAUUGGUUUUAACAUUCAAUUACAUGAAACUGGGUGACUGCAUAUUAUUUCAUCGUGGUUUGAACUGCAGUAAUUUAAUGAUAAAUUCAGUAUUUUUAAAUCAGUUCAUACCGUAUACAGAUGAUCUUUUAAAAUACUGGCUAUUCAGAUUAUUAAGUCACUUUAACAUUUAAAUCAUUAUUAGUUUACUUUCUUCUCACUUAUUUUAUGCCAAUUUCUGAUACUCUUACUCACAUUGAUUAGAACUUUAUUCCUCAAGCUGUCUCAGUGAGAUCAGAUGGAGCAGCUAAAGGGCUAAGAUAUUACUCAGUGCGUGUAAGAGUAUCAAAAUCUGGCCCUUUGUGAUCGUUCUAACAAGGAACAUAAGGCUUUACUUUAUAGCAAUAAUACAUAAGAGACCUGGAGGGAUGCUUAUGAAGAAGUAUUAAUCUCACGAGUAGAGAGCUAGGUGCUUGUAUAACCCACAUCAACAUCGUAUCUGAGUUAAAUAACGUGACCCAAAUUCUCUGCCAUGCCCAGUUUGGGGGACUGCAAGGAGGCUGCUUGUGGCUCCCUUACUGUCAGGUUGCAUCUACCCUAGACAUGCUAUAGACACUGCAUAGAUUAGCACUUCAUGAGGUGCUGUGGUUUAUGCUAGCUGGCUGCAGCUCCCCAACAGGCCAGCUGAAGGUUGCUGAAGUGCAGUGUGCUCCAGCCUCAGUCUCUUCCCACCAAUAAUGCCCUCUACACAAGGGCUACAGAGUGGGAAUGAUAGAGGCUUGCCUAGCUCUCUGGCCUUCUGUGAACUCAUCAGCAGAUGGAAACCAGUGACUUUCCACUCGUGCUAGGAGCUGAGCUUUGUCCACACGGUGUGGCUAAGUAAUGGUUAAUGGGAGGCACAAGCCUACAACUAUCAGCAUAUGAAGGUUUUAAACAGUGAAGAGGAAGAGACCUUAUUUAGAAUGGUACAGGUGGGUUACAACUGGAUGGAAUGGGAACAAGUUAUUGUUCAGAAGGAUUAUGAAACCUUAGAUUUAUUUCACUUUCUAUACAGUGUCAGUAACUCAGAUAACUUAAUUCAUAUUGUUACAUAAUAGCAAAAAACCCCAAAUACAUUAUAGAAUCACUUUUAGGCCCUAUCCUGCCAGGGCCGGCUCCAAGGUUUUGGCCGCCUCAAGCAGCCAAACAAAAACAACAACAAAAA